UGUAGACUUGUAGUACAAUAAAAGUAAAGCAAUUAAGCUAAUGAAACAAAAACCUUAAAACAGAGAAAUGGUAUCACCUCUCUGUUCUUCCACUUCUAGAUCCUCCUUAUCCUCCUUCUCCUCGGUGGUACGAUCCUCUACAGCAAGGUGCAGGUUUCCAAUCGUAGGCGCUAUCUGUGUUCUCACUUUCGGCUUCUCCAAUUUCUACACUCCUUCCAAAACUUGUUUAGCUCACUCUCUCUCCUCCUCUCUCAUUCGAUCAAAGGAGCAAUCAAGAAGCUUUAAUUCUAUAAAAAUGGCGGCAACGAGCAAUACUGUGCCUAGCAUAGUUGUUUAUGUCACUGUUCCUAACAAAGAAGCAGGAAAGAAGCUGGCAGCAAGCAUUGUUAAGGAGAGACUUGCAGCAUGUGUAAAUCGUGUACCAGGUAUUGAGUCUGUUUAUGAAUGGAACGGAGAGAUACAAACUGAUUCAGAGGAGCUACUUAUAAUCAAAACCCGAGAAUCCCUGCUAGAUGCUCUGACAGAGCAUGUUAAAGUGAACCAUGAGUAUGAGGUACCUGAAGUGAUAGCUAUGCCUAUUACUGGUGGAAAUGCCCCAUAUCUUGAAUGGCUCAAAAACAGUACAAGGGACUGAAUCUCAGUAUUAGUGCCAAAACUGUAACUCAAUGAUGGAUCUUUCAGUCUUGUAAAUCAAAACAGUUCCCCGUUGACUGGUUAUUGUGGCUUUUUAAACCUUAUUAUGUGGAUAAAUAAAUGUAAACUUUGAAAAUAUGGAAUUGAUUAUCAAGCCAUCUGAAUGUAUGAACUUCCCUUGCUUGUAAUUUCCUUUUGAUUAGUUGGUAUAUUGAUAUGUUGUUAAGAUUGCAGACCUUGCAGUCAUGGCACUGCUGUGCCUGAGUCUAUAAGGUAAUUCUGAGUUUGGUGGGAUUA